CGCAGGUAUACGUCAGCAGGAAAUCGGCAGUGCGGCCAUGUUUUGGUGAUUGGUCUAGCUGCGGUAUCGGCGACCGGGAAGAAAAAAAUUUUCUUUGUGCGAAAAUUUCUCCGUUUUCAGACGCCUUACCAAUGCCCCGGUAAAGACUUGAAGAUGGGGAAUUGUCUUAAGACGCCUACAGCGGAUGACAUCUCGCUUCUUCACGAAGGGAGGGCGGGAAGCGAGACAGGAGACAGCUCAGAAAACCUCGGGCCGCCGCCACCAUACCAGGAAGAAGCGCCGAUCUACCACCCGACCCCGAACACGGCACGACCUGUGACCCAGCUGACAGAAGACGAGCAGAUCAGGAUAGCGCAGAGGCUUGGACUGAUCCAACAUCUUCCCUCGGGGGUGUACGAUGGAUCCAAGAAGGGCAGAGAAUGUGUGAUCUGUAUGAACGACUUUGUGAUCGGCGACCCGAUCAGGCUGCUGCCCUGCUGCCACAUCUACCACAAGGACUGUAUAGACGACUGGUUGAUGCGCUCCUUCACCUGCCCUUCCUGCAUGGAGCCCGUCGACGCGGCCUUGCUAACUACAUAUCAAACUAAUUAACAAAUUGAUUAAUUGAUUGGUUAACCUUAAAACUGUGUAGUUCAGGCCUGGACAGUUGAUUUUCGUGGUUCUAGGAUUCUGGAGAUCAAAGCUAAAUGGAGAGAAGUCCAGAUGAAAACAGAGACAAGGGAAGUUUGUAUCUUUUGGCACACACAGAUUCAGGAAAUGACAUUGAAAAUACUAUAUAUGUUCUCAGUUGAACCAAGGAGGUUAUAACACUAUCAUGAUAACCUCCUUGAUUGAAUAUAAGUUACUGGUAUGUCCAUCUUUUGGGGCAGGACAGAUGAAAAGUGUGUGUGAAAACUGAGUGUAAAAUAAACACACCCUUUUGUUGACUUUUGAGAUAACAUACUGCAAAAAUUUCCUUUUGAUUGAUUGACACUUGCCUGAAAAAGACUGAUUCAAAUUUUCCUCACAAGUCUGUUUUCGUCUAAUUCUCUUGCGUAGUUUUUACCUUGGAAGUGUCAGAGAACCCAGUAAACGAACUGUCAAGGCCUUAGAUUGUGAAAAGAAGA